AUGAGCGUCCUACUGGAAACCUCCUUGGGUGACAUUGUGAUCGAUCUCCUGGUCGAUGAGUCCCCCAAAGCAUGUGAGAACUUCGUGAAGCUCUGCAAAAUCAAGUAUUACAAUUUCUCGCCCGUCUAUAGUGUCCAAAAGAACUUUACCUUUCAAUCCGGCGACCCAAUCGGCCCCGAUUCUUCAGACAGCGAUGGCGGAACGUCGAUUUGGGGGUUAUUGGAGGGACCAUCCAAGAAGGCCAUCCCGCUCCAGCUUCCACCGAAACUCAAGCAUGACGAAAGAGGCACUGUGAGCAUGGCUGCAGUUCCUUCCCCGCACGAUCCCGAUCUUCGCCUUGUUACAAGCCAGUUCAUCGUCACACUCGGGGACAAUCUAGAUUAUUUGGAUGGCAAAGCGGUUAUUUUCGGUAAAGUCGUGGAGGGCUUUGAUGUGCUGGAGAAGGUCAAUGACGCAUUCAUCGAUGACCGGGGACGACCACUGAAAGAUAUUCGUAUCCGCCAUACGGUCAUACUCGACGACCCUUUCGACGAUCCGCCCGGCUUGGUGGAACCACCAGAGAGCCCCUUGCCCACAAAGGCGCAGUUAGCGACGGUCAGGAUAGCUGAUGAUGAAGAUCUCGGUGACGAUAUGGAUGAAGAGUCAAUGGAGAGACUUCGUCGCGAGCGUGAGGCAAGAGCGCAAGCCUUGACCUUGGAGAUGGUUGGGGAUCUCCCUUUCGCAGAGGUCAAACCUCCGGAGAAUGUCCUGUUCGUCUGCAAGCUGAACCCCGUGACUCAAGAUGAGGAUCUGGAGCUUAUCUUCAGCCGGUUUGGGAAAAUCCUGUCUUGCGAAGUCAUCCGAGACAAACGGACUGGCGACAGUCUGCAAUAUGCGUUUAUUGAGUUUGACAACCAGAAAGAUUGCGAACAAGCCUAUUUCAAGAUGCAAGGAGUCUUGAUAGACGAUCACCGAAUCCAUGUAGAUUUUUCUCAAAGCGUGUCAAAGCUGUCCGACAGCUGGCGUAAUGCCACUAUUUCCAAGCGAAGUUCACAGAGGGGUGGCUUUGGUGGUGUGGCCGGUCUGGAGAAGAAGCGCCAGUACAGAGCGUCUGAAAAUCCUCGUCAAAAAAGUGAUUACAACAUGGUUUUCGACAAAAAGGAGAGGGAUAGACGAUCAGCGCCUCCCGAGCGGUCAAAUAGUCGAAGCCCACAACUAAAUGCUCACCGGAAUCGGAGAGACAGUCGAAGUCCUCGGCGAGACUCAUAUCGGCGCCACCGUCGAGAUAGAUCGUAUAGCCGAAGCCCUGUGCGGAAAGACUCUUACCGCGACCGGGACAGGGGCAACGAGAACGAUCACCGACGAGGUUACCGUGAUGAUGACAGAUAUAGGGACACCCGCCGGCGGUAG